GGAAGAUGCGCAAUGACGCGCGGGGCGCACUGGCCACGCAAGGGACCGCUCCUUCGAUCCGCCCGCCCCCUCGCGGUUUUACAUCGCUUUCCAGAAACGGAUGAAUCACCCCCGCCGAGCCCUCCCUCGUCUGGGAAGCACGCCCGCAGGCUUUGGGCCAAGAGGCGGCGGCGGAGAAGCCGGCAUCGUUUAUAAAGGGGCCACUGUGACCAACGUUUCCAUCGGUCGUAGACCAGCCAAACGCGCGCAGCGACUUGCAGCGAUGGAUCUGACUUCUGGAAACUCGCGGGCCUUUCUUCUGGUCGUCUCCUUGGUGGUACUUCUGGAGCAGGUCUGGCCCCAGUCGACGACGGGAGGUAAUCGGGGCUCUUUUUGGAGCGGGUUCAUGUUAUCAGCUGUUUUCUUCUUGCGAGUUGUUUUUGCUCUUCCCAGGGAUGGCGACCGAUGGUCUCUUUCCAAAAUCCUCGCUUCGCCCCUCAUGCUGCACCUGCCUCCGUCUGCCAAAACCCUUUUUAUUUUUUUGCUUUUCCUUGCCUAGCUGGUAGCCAGAAUAUUAUGAGUGCUGGUGUUUUUAUUCUUUCUUGGCAAAGUUUUUCUUUCAAAACUUCAUUGUACAAUGUUUACAAAACAGAGAGAACAAUUAUAACAACAGGUGAAAAUUAAAAGACCAAAGAAGGAAACUCUAGAAUAGGAACGUAGAAAGAGUAUGUUUGCCCAGGGGUUAAAAUAACAAAAGUCCAAGUAAAGACUAUCAGUGCUGUCAGGUAAUAGUGAUGGCGUCAUUGAGUGUUUGCGGGUGUGUUUGGCGCUUACUAAAGCGCUUGUGCCUGUAAUGCAGAGAUUAUAUUCCCUUUAAAUAUGAUAAAUUAAAGAAGGAUCUUGCGUCGUCCGGAAAUGUGAGAUAUGUUGAUUAAGCAAUUCCCCCAAAAUGUCAGGAUUCAGAAAUACAAGAUCUGCAGCGAAAUGCCAUUUUCCAAGCAAUUUAGAACUGUGACCAACUGCUGUUUGGAGACUUUUUUUUAAAAAAAAAAAAUCCGUUUCACAAGUUUUAGAUACUGUGUCAUUGUAAUAAAACCUUAAAGCAGUUCAUGAAAAGAAUAAAAUAAUGCAGCCAUCAGAAAAAAGUAUUUAAAACAUCCAAAAAUAAUAAUUAAAAUAAAUGCUAAGCUAAAAAUCAAAUUCGAAAACAUGCCAACAUUCUACAUGUCUGGAGAAUGGGCCUUCUCUGCAGUGGCUCCCCAUCUGUGGAAUGCUCUCCCCAGGGAAGUUUGCCUGGCGCCUUCAUUAUACAGUUUAGGCGUCAGGCAAAAACGUUCCUUUUCAACCAGGCCUUUGGUUGAUCUGUUUGGCAUCCUAUACCCCCUUAAAAUGUGGCUCUUUUCGGGGGGUGUUUGGGUUGCUGUUUUCAUUCUGAUUAUAUAUGUUGUGAUUUUUUUCUGUAAACCGCCCUGAGACCUCCAGGUAUAGGGCAGUAUAUAAACUAUGAUAAUAAUAAUAAUAAUAAUAAUAAUAAUAAUAAUAAUAAUAAUUUAUUUCAAACAAUUUAUACACCGCUUGAUAGUUAAAAACAACCCUCAAAGCAGUUUACAAAGUAGGCUUGGCUAAAGAAAAAUGUUUUUAGCAUGUGCGGAAAAGUGCCUGCCUGGUGUCCCUAGGCAGGGAGUUCCAAAGUGUGAGUGCUGCCACACUAAAAUAUUUCUUACAAAUGUGGAAUGAGUAUUAUGUGACACCAGUCACAGAUCAAAGUAAUUUAGCGGGCAUAUGAAGGGAGGGGGCGGUAAUGGGAUCUCGCAAGUAAACUGCCCCAAUCUGUUAAGGCCUUUACAUACUCAGAGUAACAUCUUGAUCCUGGCCUGGUAGCAGAUUGGCAACCAGUACAGCUCUCUGAGAACAUGUAUUAUAAGAUGACAGGGUAUAAACUCCUGUCGGCAAUCCUGCCACAGCAUUCUCAACCCAGAUUGAUGUCACCUAAAAUAAUUUCAGCUGCCCCACCACAGUCCUCUCCACUGCCCUCCACAAGAAGGGGGUAUGCCUCUGAAACAGGGACGCGGGUGGCCCUGUGGUCUAAACCACUGAGCCUCUUCCGAUCGGAAGAUGCACAGUUCGAAUCUCCGCAACAGAGUCAGCUCCCGUUGCUCUGUCCCAGCACCUUCCAACCUAGCAGUACAAAACCACACCAGUGCAAGUAGAUAAACAGGUACCACUGCAGUGGGAAGGUAAACAGUGUUUCCACGCGCUCUGGUUUCCAUCACGGUGUUCUGUUGUGCCAGAAGUGGUAUAGUCAUGCUGGCCACAUGACCCGGAAAGCUGUCUGUGGGCAAACGCCGGCUCCCUCAGCCUGAAAGCGAGAUGAGCACUGCAACCCCAUAGUCGCCUUUGACUGGACUUAACCGCCCAGGUUACCUUUUUUUAUGCCUCUGAAGGCCAGUCAUGGGAAUCGCAGGUGGGGAGAGGGCUCUUGAACUCAGGUCCUGCUUUCAGGCUGGACUACUUGGGCUUUGGCCUCGUGCAGGAGAGGUCUUCUUACAUUUCACUAAGACAAACUUUCAACACAUGAAUUUCUUACCUGCCUCCCUACUCUCUUCUCUUCAUGUUUCUGGGAUUUGUACCUAAAGCAUUUCUCUUUCCCCCACCCCCCUUCCGUUUUCAUGCAGACAACAGAGAGAUCUGUCUCCAGCCACCACUUAAAGGACCCUGCCGGGGUUUGUAUGUCAGGUGGUACUACGACAGAGCCACCCAAACCUGCCAGGAGUUUAGUUUCGGGGGCUGCGUGGGAAACGACAACAACUUUUUGAGUUUUGAAGAGUGUUCAAAGACGUGCGGGAGAAUCAAGAGUAAGUUGUGGCUCUAAAAUUUCAAAUCCAGGAGUGAACUGCAGAAUCGGUUUGAUAAAAGCAAAGGUUUGGCUUAGAUUGUUGUUUUCAACCAGUUGGUUGCUCUUUUGUUUUUAGAGGUGCCUAAAAUAUGCCGACUGAAAUCUGACGAAGGAAUCUGUAGAGGUUUAAUGCAAAAAUAUUAUUUCAGCCUUGAGACGAUGAGCUGUGAAAAAUUUUAUUAUGGAGGCUGUUUAGGAAACCAGAACCGAUUUGACGAUAAAGACUCCUGCAUGAACUUCUGUCUGCCGAAAAGAAGUAAUUUAUUAUUUUUAAUUAAUAGCUUGUUUGGGUGGGGGAGGGUGAAAUGUUCUGUUGUGUCUCAUGGGACUGGUGCUCGCCAACCAUUUCUGAUUAAUUAAUUUUGAAUUAUUACAAGUUUGUAUUGAAUUGCAUCAGUCAUUUACAGCAUUGUUCGUUUUUGCUUUACCAACGCACUAUUGUGGUGUCUGUGUUUUUUCCCUAAUUGAUUGCACGGAUGGAAAUGUUUGCUCAUUUUUAAUGCUUUGUAGUUAUGAGCCGCUUUGAGCUCAAUAUUUUUGCUGGGAAAGCAGUGUACAAAUAUUAAAUCAAAGAUCAGAAACUCGGCCCACUUUCUGAUUGGGAACUGUUGGUUUGUAUGCCUACCACUGCAGUCUACACUUCAAAAAACAAAAAGAAGUAGUGUUAAUUAACUCUGUCUCUCUCUUUCUUUUUCUAAAGAUGCCCCCUCCUUUUGCUUUAACCCCAAAGAUGUGGGAAUUUGUUCAGGUUCAGUUCCUCGCUUUUAUUACAACAUAGACACAGGAGAUUGUGAAGAAUUCACCUAUACAGGAUGUGGAGGAAAUAUUAACAACUUCCUCACUCGGAAAUCAUGUCUCAAGGCCUGCAAGAAAGGUAGGAUGCUGUCUCCUUGCUGAGAUCGAGAGUUACAGGGACGUUUGCAGCCUUAUAGCCAGAUUGUGAAGGUUCACAAAUAAGCCCUGCUCUAGUAAUUCUGGAGUGAUUAAAGAGAACAACAUUAAGCAACACAAACAGCUGAUGCUCUCCAAGAGCAAACAGGGAGGCUUUUCGUUAUAUUGGGGUGAGAAAACUGUGUCCGUCCAAAUGUCGCUGGAGUACAUAUCUCUCAUCGUUCCUGACCAUGUGACGUGGUGGCUGAGGCUGAUGGGAGUUGGAGUCCAAGAACAACUGGAGAGGCACAGGUUUCCCACAUUAAACCACCUUCCAUAAGUGCAUAAUGCAGUAGCCACAGGUGGAUUGUAGUCCUCCCGUAUUUUCAGCUCACUCCCUUGGCCAAAGGUUGUGAGGAUGUAGAAGGAGGUGAGAGGGACCAGAAGGGGGCAAUAGUUGCCGGAUGAAGGCUAGGCAUGGGUAAUGGACUGUACCCUCCAGUCGUUUGUGCUGCUCUGAAGGAGAGCAAAGGUGGGAUGCGUCCCAGGUUGUGGCAAAAGCAGCUUGUGAGAAAGCAUCCUCUGCCAAGGAAUUUCAGACAAGGAGCUCUUCCCUUUCCUUGGCGGACUAUCUUCUACCCAUCACGGUCAAGGGCCUGUUUGCUUUUGUGAGGAGGUAGUACCUGCAGGCAUUAAGGUGAGUACAGGCCCUGCUUGCCACAAGGAGGGUUGUGCUGGCUUCGGUCCUGCUGAGACGGGGGCUGUCUUUUGUCCCUGCUUUAAUGCCCAAAACACACAUAGUGGAAACUUCAAUUACCAGGUGGUUGGGAAUUAGCAGACCUAGAAAGUUGCAUCCCUUUUUCUUCUCUUUUGUCUUUAUUCACAUGUGAAUAAAGUGAUUUAAGUUACCUCCAAUUAUAUUUCGGUUUCUAUUUUCUUAGUAGGGAGAAAGAAACCACCUGCUACGAGAUCAAAAUAAGGAUGAGGAGUCUACAGCCAACAUUCAAAUCCAACGAAUGCCACAAACAUUCUUAAAUCUGGAGAGGUCUCCAAACUAGAUGCACUGAUUUCACUCACUAGAAGCUUUUAACUUAUGGGUGGGUUUGGGUUUUGUUCAGUUUUAUGUGGCUAUGUAACAAUUUUACUAUAUGAACAGUUUUGAAAUGUAGAACGGCAAGGUUACUUUGAUCUAGUUACAGCUCACUUAUGGAUUGGGCCCCAUGCACAUGGCAGUGUGCCCUGUUGCAGGAUAAAAUCCUGCAGUAUUCAGAUACUUCGACGCACAAGAGGUGGCUCAACACUCCCUGCUGAACAUCAAUUCUUCUCUACUGGCUGCUGAAUAUGAUAGACCCUUUCUGAUGGUUUCGUUAUAUGGAACACUAAAUUAAGACCUUCUCCUGAACUUUCUUAUCCUCACCUUCAUAAGGAGGGGUGGCAGAUGUGUGGUAGAGGGCUUACCUUGCAUGCAGAAUGUCUGAGGUUUGGUUCUUGGAAUCUCUAGUUAAAACAGUCCGCUGUGCUGAUGUUACAUGACCUGUCAUCAUCUGCAUGACAGCGGCUGAUCAGUCGGGGUGUGGUUGGCACAGUUGAAACACAUGGGCAGAACCAAUCCAGUGCUUCUGCCAGCGCAUUUGCAGAACACCACUCUCAAUGCUGCCUUGCUCAAGUUAAGCCAGUGAUGCCAGUGGCAGGAGAUCAGGCAAGUCUCAUUGACCACUAUAUAGCAUUAGAUAGUAGGUAAUGGGGAGGGCUUUGAUCUGAAACCCUGGAGAGCCUCAUCCACUCAUUGUAGACAAUACUGAGCUGGCUGAACAAAUAUUUUGGCUUGAGAUAAGGGAGAUUCCUGUGUUUCUAAGUGAAUAAGUCUGGCAGAAAGGGUAUAACUGAUUACAGACGUUGCAGGAUAACUGUAGAUGCAGAUCUUUAGCUCUUAAGGAGUUUCCCCCAAGUUUUAUAAAAUGUUACUAUAAAUAUAUAAUUCAUACAUUUUAAACUUUCCCCUUUGUGUAGUUUAUGAAAAUGGUUCUGCUGUAUUGGAAGAGCUGAACUGUUGUUGAAUAGUUGAAGCAAGAACCAUGGCCCAUAGUUGUUGUUUUUUUAAAAACUGACCUUUGUCAGAUAUUUCUUGCAUUGUUCCCUUAACUAAAGAUUAGCCAAACUCGUUUUUCUCUUGAAUAAAUUGGUAUUGCUGAUAUCAAUUUCUUUGCUGUGAACUUUUCAAGAACAUCCUUAGGGGGCAGGCUUGCCAGAAACUACCAAGUGACCUGGAAGGGAGGAGAAUGUAAAUAAGUCAAAACCCAAUCUGACAUUCUAAAAUUUUAUCCUGGUUCAAAGCCCUUGUUUGAGGUUAGGAAAUAUGAACGUGGACUAGUGGUUAAGAGUACUAGACUAGGACUUGGGAGACGGGUUCAAUUCACCACUCAAUCCAUGUCUGGGUGGUUUUUGUACACACAAAGUCUCUCAGCCUAACCUACCUCACAGGAUUGUUAUGAGGGUAUAGAAGGGAGAAGUGUGUUUGCCACCUUGGAGAACAGGUGGGAUAUAGACACUGUGAUAAUAAAAAUUAAAUACAUUCGUUCUUGGUAAUACACAUAAUCAUAAUGCUGCUGAUUAAAAAGCUGGCACUGGGAAGAGACCAGCAAUGAACUUGAUAGUGGGGAUUGCUUGUUUUUUAAAGGUGAGUUAUAAGCUAUGUAAGGUUUCAGGAGUGUGGUGAACUGAUGGCUGCAUCUCCCAUUGUCAACUGGUCCAGUUCUAAAGCUACAGGAUUAAUUUUCAUCAUGAGAUUAUUCCUGCUGGACAGUUAAGAGUGGAGAAUGCUAGUCAGAUAUUGAGGUUAUGUCCCUCCUCUUUAAAGUCAUCCUCCUGAUCUCUUGCACAGAACACAUUUUGAGGUGCCUUUAUUAAUGUGCAUUCGGCAUGUUUUCUGUUCUGAAGCUGAAGAAGAGUCAUCUGCCUUCACUUCAUGCUGUCUCGUUUCCCUAAGGAUAUUUGCACCUCUGUCAAACCUUACUUUGCCUAUAUGAGAAAUGGUAAAAUUACAUCCUAACAUGCUAUGUGCAAAUGUGACUGACCUUCACUGUAAAUUUGUAAAAAUAAAGAAAAAUAAAAUAAGUUGUCAUAA